UUUUUCCUUUCAUUAUUCUGUUUCGUUCGGUUGGUACACCCUAGCGUUUCCUCUUUACUAUUCUUGUCUAUUAAUACUUGCGCAGCAGGUUGGUGCAAAAUUUAGGCACAAUAAUACAAUUAUUUCCUUGUUGCACCCGAAUGGACUAUACCAAGUGCAACAGCGCAAGCGAUUUUGAGAACAAAUUCCGCUCAUUACUCCCAAAGCUCGAGGUGGCCGAGAAGGAAGAGACAUGGCAGCAGCUCGACACGGCGAUUAAGAAUAUGACAAGCCUGGUCAAAGCAGGCGCGAACGAACGUACGACACUAUUCGUGCCCAUGGUGCGGAGAGCAGCAGACCAAAUCAACAAAGUGGUGGCCAGCGAGCGCACGCGACUCAAUGGGUCAGGGCUAGCGCUGAUUGAGGAGAUGGCACGGCGACUGGAAACGCGGUUUGGGCCGAUAUGUGAGCUGGUGUUCCCGACAGCGACUCAAAUCGUGCGGGCGCGCAAACAGGGUCUUUGUGACGCGUGGGAUGAGCUGUCCUCAGCGCAGUAAUCACACAUACACACGCAGCCGACCAGACACCGCAUAUCUGCAGAAUCAUGACAGGGGAUCUGAACAAGUCGUUCCGGGCUAGUGCAGCAAGGCUCCUGAUGAAUAUGGUAUCAAGCUGCACGGCACCCGAGCUUUCACCAUACAUGGACUGUGGUCGAGGAGGCGAUUGCCAAG